AAACGGAACAAAAGAUCUUGACUAGUGUUUCCGGCCUAUAAAUACGCAAUAUUGGGUGCCCUUAUCUUCCAAACUCCCACAAAGCCAACAUGGCCAUGAUGAUAUCCUCUCUUUGGCAAUUCUGCCUUCUUUCACUUUUGCUUUCUUAUGCUGUUGUUGAGCUUCAAGCUUCCCACCUUGUCUAUAGCGACCUUCAAACUACCCAACUAACUUCAACACAACCCCAAGCUAAAGAUCCUUACAGAACUGGUUAUCAUUUCCAGCCUCCCAAGAACUGGAUCAAUGAUCCAAAUGGGCCGAUGAUUUACAAGGGAAUUUACCAUCUUUUCUACCAAUAUAAUCCCAAAGGUGUAGUUUGGGGCAACAUUGUUUGGGCACAUUCAACAUCAACUGAUCUUGUCAACUGGAUCCCACAUGAAGCUGCUAUCUACCCAUCACAGCCGUCCGAUAUCAACGGCUGCUGGUCGGGGUCAGCUACAAUCCUUCCCGGAGGCAAGCCGGCCAUGUUAUACACCGGAAUCAAUCCCCAAAACCAACAAGUUCAAAACUUGGCAUUUCCUAAAAACCUCUCAGACCCUUUUCUUAGGGAAUGGGUUAAGGUCCCUCAAAACCCACUAAUGGCUCCAACACUAGCUAACCAAGUCAAUGCUAGCUCAUUUCGGGAUCCAACCACUGCAUGGCUAGGGCCAGACAAGAGAUGGAGGUUAAUCAUUGGAAGCAAAAGGCACCAAAGGGGAUUAGCUAUACUCUAUAGAAGCAAAGAUUUCAUGCAUUGGACUAAGGCCAAACACCCACUUCAUUCAAAAGAGAAAAAUGGAAUGUGGGAGUGCCCAGAUUUUUUCCCAAUUUCAAAGACUAGCUCAGUUGGUCUUGACACAUCAACAAAUGGUCCUAAUGUUAAGCAUGUGCUCAAGGUUAGCUUGGACAACACCAGGAAAGAGUACUAUACAAUUGGUACAUAUAACAUCAGCAAGGAUAUCUAUAUUCCAGAUAAGGGAUCAGUUGAGAGUGAUUCCGGUUUGAGAUAUGAUUAUGGUAAGUUUUAUGCUUCAAAAACCUUCUUUGACAGUGCUAAGAACCGCAGGAUCUUGUGGGGUUGGAUUAAUGAAUCCUCAAGUGUCAAUGGUGACGUCAAGAAAGGAUGGUCUGGACUCCAGGCAAUUCCAAGGACCAUUGUGCUUGACAAGUCUGGCAAACAAUUGGUGCAAUGGCCAAUUGUAGAGCUUGAAAAACUUAGAACAAAGGAGGUCACGUUGCCAAGCACUGUACUUAAGGGAGGAUCACUUCAUGAAGUAUUUGGUGUCACAGCAGCGCAAGCUGAUGUAGAAGUCGCAUUCGAGAUAAGUGAUUUCAAGAAAGCAGAAGUAUUGGAUCCAAGUUGGACUAAUCCACAAAUUUUGUGCAGCAAAAAGGGUGCCUCGGUGAAAGGCGGUCUUGGACCAUUUGGAUUGUUGACUUUGGCUUCAAAGGACUUGAAAGAAAACACAGCAGUCUUCUAUAGAAUUUUCAAGUCUCAAAACAAUUACAAGAAAUAUGUGGUGCUUAUGUGCAGUGACCAAAGCAGGUCCUCCCUAAAUCAAGAUAAUGAUAUGACCACUUAUGGGGCAUUUGUAACUGUGGAUCCUGUUCAUGAGAAGCUGUCACUAAGAAGCUUGAUUGAUCACUCUAUAGUGGAGAGCUUUGGUGGAGAAGGCAAGGCGUGCAUAACAGCCAGGGUUUAUCCGACAUUGGCUGUUGAUGGUGAUGCCCACUUAUAUGCUUUCAAUUAUGGAAGUGAGAGUGUCAAAAUCGCAGGAAGUGCGUGGAGCUUGAAAACUGCUAAAAUAAAUUGAUCAAGAUUUGUAAUGUAGUGGAGAAGAAGAGUGGAGGAAGCAUUGAAAUAGACUCAACUACUUGCGGUGCCGCUUAAAUUAGAUGAUUGAUGUGAGAUUCGAAUAAAUUUGCGCGGGCCCGUUUUAUGUGCUUGCCAAUUAUGUCUGUGUAUCAGUGUCAUGUUUUACUUGCUAAUAAUAUGCAUCUCAUUUCUUGUUCAA